UGGGAGCCGGGUCCAAGGAGGAGCGGGCGGAGCGUGUGUUUACCCCGGGCUUGGAGAGAGAUUUGCGGAGGAACUGGGGAUGUAACUGGCGUCUUCCUUGGGCGGCUGGUGCGGAAUGUAGCCGGUAGGGGCCGAGGCUGGGCAAGUUGCGCCUCCGUUCUAACAAGGUCUUUAUCCUCAUGCAGACCAAGAAAAGGAGGAAUAACGGUCGUGCCAAAAAAGGCCGAGGCCAUGUGCAGCCUAUUCGUUGCACCAACUGCGCCCGGUGCGUGCCCAAGGACAAGGCCAUUAAGAAGUUUGUCAUCCGAAACAUAGUGGAGGCCGCAGCCGUUCGGGACAUCUCCGAAGCGAGUGUCUUCGACGCCUAUGUGCUUCCCAAGCUGUAUGUGAAGCUGCAUUACUGUGUGAGCUGUGCCAUUCACAGCAAGGUGGUCAGGAAUCGGUCUCGUGAAGCCCGGAAGGACCGAACACCCCCACCCCGAUUUAGACCUGCGGGUGCUGCUCCACGACCUCCACCAAAGCCCAUGUAAGGAGCUGAGUCUUCAAAGAGUGAAGAAAGUUCUCUGGGGGGAAAUAAAUGGAAAUUGUAGUUCAUAUAGUGUGUUGGGUGUGGUUUUUGCCUGAUAGAAUGGGGAUUGUGUAUGUCAUGGAUUAUAAUUCUUUGACCAAGUAUUCAAGUGUGGGAUGCCGCGUACUCUUUCAUGAGGGAGGGUAUUCCUGUACCUUAACUUCGGGUUCUUUUGUAUUUGUAUCCUCAGCCUCCCCAGUUUGCAUAGUUUUUGUGGGGAAAGGGGAUUAAAGUAUUUGUAAGUAUUCCAUUAAUUUAA